AUGGCUCCUAUCUCCUCUUCAACUGAACUGGCAGAGAAGAUCUCCUGGUACAGUGCACUGCUCCUGGCACUCAUGCUGGUGUUGAGCUGCUGUGAAUCCGCCCAGAGUCAUGAUGAGAUCAUGGUUCGGCUGCACAAGAAGGACGCGAAGAAGCCAUGCGAUGAGAUUUACGUAGUUCGGGAAGGAGAAACUCUGCAUACCAUCAGCGAAAAAUGUGGGGAUCCUUAUAUCGUGGAAGAGAACCCCCAUAUUCACGACCCCGACGAUGUUUUUCCCGGACUUGUUAUCAAAAUUACCCCUUACAAUUAUAGGUAG